UCACGACGUCGUUCGACUACAACAAAGUUUUCAGCUUUUUAUAGACCUCACAAAAGAAGGGGCGGGUGGGGGACACGGAGAGAGACCAGCUUUGAAGCCCAAUGGCAAAACCAUCUCUUCCAUACGAUCGCCUCAGUCUCAUCAUACAUUAGGAGGGGCUUCUAAUUUUAGCAAUCAGGGUUUCCAUAUCUGAUUUCGGGCGAUCCAUGGCCGCGGCCACCGCCGCCACAACCUCCACCGCGACGAAUGUUGCGAAACAGAAAGAGAUGAAGGGUCUUUUAUUAGGCAGGUAUGAAAUUGGAAAACUCCUUGGGCAUGGAACGUUUGCCAAGGUAUACCACGCCAGGAACGUCAAGACCGGGGAGAGCGUGGCGAUUAAAGUGAUUGAUAAAGAGAAGAUCUUGAAGGUAGGGUUAAUAGCCCACAUCAAGCGUGAGAUCUCGAUUUUGAGGAGAGUCCGCCAUCCCAACAUUGUGCAAUUGUUUGAAGUCAUGGCAACCAAGUCGAAAAUCUUCUUCGUGAUGGAAUACGUGAAGGGUGGUGAGCUGUUCAACAAGGUUGCCAAGGGCAGGCUUAAGGAGGAAGUUGCUAGGAAGUAUUUUCAGCAACUGGUUUCCGCGGUGGGUUUCUGCCACGCGCGCGGCGUCUAUCAUCGUGAUCUGAAACCAGAAAAUAUAUUGCUUGAUGAAGAUGGGAAUCUUAAAGUCUCGGAUUUUGGGUUGAGUGCUAUAUCCGAGCAGAUUAAGCAGGAUGGCCUUUUCCAUACCUUUUGCGGGACACCGGCGUAUGUGGCGCCGGAGGUGUUGGCAAGGAAGGGAUAUGAUGCGGCCAAAGUUGAUAUUUGGAGCUGUGGCGUGAUACUCUUUGUUUUGAUGGCGGGCUACUUGCCAUUCCACGAUCAAAAUAUCAUGCUUAUGUAUAAGAAGAUUUAUAAAGGUGAAUUUAGGUGUCCCAGGUGGUUUUCACCCGAAUUGGCUCGGCUUUUGAGACGCUUACUUGACACAAAUCCGGAGACCAGGAUCACGAUUCCGGAGGUCAUGAACAAUAAAUGGUUCAAAAAGGGGUUUAAGCAUGUGAAAUUCUAUAUUGAGGAUGACAAGUUGUGCAGUGUUGAUGAUGUGAAUGAAGAUGUGAAUGACGACGCUGAUUCUUUAUCUGAGCAGUCGCUAUCUGAAUCAGAAUCUGAGUUGCUGACCAGAAGGAAGAUCACUGGUCUUCCUAGGCCUGCUAGCUUGAAUGCUUUUGAUAUCAUCUCGUUUUCGCGUGGUUUCGAUUUGUCAGGGUUGUUUGAGGAAGGAGCAGAUGGAGGGGCAAGGUUUGUUUCAGGGGCACCUGUGCCAAGCAUCAUAUCAAAGUUGGAGGAAAUUGCCAAGGUUGUGAGUUUUACAGUGAGGAAAAAGGAUUGCAGGGUGAGUUUGGAAGGAUCAAAGGAUGGUGAGAAGGGACCCUUGACUAUUGCAGCUGAGAUAUUCGAAUUGACACCAUCGUUGAGAGUGGUUGAGGUGAAGAAGAAAGGAGGGGAUAGAGUAGAAUACGAGGAAUUCUGUGACCGUGAAUUGAAGCCUGGAUUGCUAAGCCUCACGACGGCAAAUGUUGUUGAUUCUUCUUACUUGCCUUCAGACACUGAAUAGAGAGAUAAAGAAGGGAGAAGAGUAUGCCCUUCUUUUUCCUUCCUUUUUUAACACUUGAUGGCUUCUGUAUGAUAGUUACUUUGUUUUUCUUAUUUAUUUCCAUAUAUACCUCUUGUUCUGCUGGUUAAAUGAAGCGCCAAUGUAACCUCAUCAUUCUUGGUUAAUUUAUGUUCAUGUUGAAGUAGAUUCUCUAAAAUCCUCUGGAGAAUGAAGCGGACCCUCGAUGAGUUCUAGCUGUUUAACUUCUGAGAGAAGUAGAUAGGUAAAUUUACCUUGUUGUUGAUUAAUAACGAGUGUGAGUAUAUAUCUAUUAUCAAA